UUUUAUCCUAAUCACUUCCGCAAGACGCUCCGCGUUUACACUAUCCCUAUCUGUCAAGCAAGAGGAGAAGAGACAUGGACGCUCUAUACAUCGCAACUAUUUUCAUUUCCCUCUUCAGUGCUGUGUUGACGCUCACUGGGAAUACUUUCAACUGGAUGAACAGAGUCCGGGCCAUUGAAGUUGAGCUGAAUCUCCACAUGCAAGAGAUCAAACUACUAAAUGGGGUACUUGAAGAAAGCGAAGAAUUUAUUGAAUAUGUCGCGGAUGAGCUGCCCACCUCAAUCCGAAAUGCGCAUCAGCUCUGCCGAGCCCACCAGGAUAUCUUAGGCGAAAGCCUCUGGUCAAAUGACCUCGGUCGUGGCAUCUACACCAAGAGCUCGGCAAAGACAGCGUUUCGAAAAGUCAAAACAACGCUGAAUGAAGAUGAAUGGAAGAAAGCUUUCAGGCUCUACAGAGGCUCGGUUUUCAUGCUCAGAGAUCUUUGUGCAGACAUCAAGAUGCAUAUACAGCUUAAUAUGACAGCGGCUAUGGCUCGACUAGACGAGGAGUUUGCGGGUGCUCCGUCGGCAAAAGAUUUAGUUGAGCUCCAAGGAGACGAUUUCUUUGUCAUUGCCUAUAUACGAGCGCAGGAUCUGUCAGAUUACCCAAACCAGGAGCGCAGAGCUGUACCGGCAACUCUGAAGCUAGAUACUGGCGCAGAUAUCGAUCAUGUUUCUCAGCAGUUCUUAGUGGACGUACUCGGACUUCAAGAAGAAAGUUUCCUUGCCAUCCCGGAGCACGAACAGGAGCCAGUCACUGGUUUCGAUGGCACACAAUACACUCCAAGAUACCGCGUCAAAUUACAAUGGUCACGACAGCUGAACGGAGAGAUGAAAGAUCACAUGUUUCUGGUAGUUCCAAACUGUCCAUGCGAUGUGGUUCUAGGAGCAAGGAACUUUCUUCAACAAGCUACUGGCUUUACAAUAAAGAUACAGAUUGCCACAGGUAGAAAACUAAGCGAGUCUGAGCAACAGCGUCAAGAUGAAGCCAUUAGCAAAGAGCAGGCAAAAGAGCGUGCCAGGUUCGAGGAAGCCAAAGCGAGGCGUGUGAGGAGGUCAUGGACUGGGCGAUUGUCAGCAACAGUCGAGGAGGAUAUAGAGAUGCAGAGUGGACCAAGCCCGGUUGCAACGGGACAAGAAACUGCCAAGUAAAUAGUGAUGGGAUCCGGGGCUUGUAAUGUUGCUGUGACUGAUAAUGAAGGAGGCGACUCAAUAUGCCGAGCAAACCUUUGGCGGGUUUAUGGCUAGCGAGACAUAAAUAUAUGGGCUCUCAGGCCCUAAAGUAAACAUUUUAGAUAGUAUGUGAUGAAGGAAACAGAGUUCAGAAAUUUCUUAUAGGUUCAAUUCGCUAUUUUGAACUGCCGAGAACCAUG